ACAGACCCACAGCGAGCCCGACACACACACACGCACGCACACAACUGCACGCAGCAAGGCUCGGGAAGUCAGGCCGGCUCCUCGCCCCGGCGGUUCCUCAGCUCCAGCCGGUCAGGUCUCCCCUGGGCUCGGCGCUCAAGCGGGCCGCGCAGCCAAGCAAGAGUAUCAACCAGCUCGGAGGACCCCAGCCCCUCCAUGGGCAAACGCGGGCGGCCGCGCAAGGAGGCGCGCUGCGAGGGCGCGGGGCCAGUCCCUGCCGCGCCCCCGACCGUGCCCCCGGUAGCGGCGGCGCCCCAGCCCCCGGCCCAGCCCGAGGAGCCCUCCUGGGCCAAGCCCAGGUGCCCCUUCUCGGACAUCUUCAACACCAGCGAGAACUCGAUGGAGAAGCACAUCAACACUUUUCUGCAGAACGUGCAAAUUCUGCUUGAGGCCGCCAGCUACCUGGAGCAGAUAGAGAAAGAAAACAAAAAAUGUGAACAUGGCUAUGCCUCAACGUUCCCCUCCAUGCCAAGCCCCCGGCUGCAGCAUUCAAAGCCCCCACGAAGGUUGAGCCGGGCCCAGAAACACAGCAGUGGGAGCAGCAACACCAGCACUGCCAACAGGUCUACACACAAUGAGCUUGAAAAGAAUCGACGAGCCCAUCUGCGCCUGUGUUUAGAACGCUUAAAAGUUCUGAUUCCACUGGGACCAGACUGCACCAGGCACACAACACUCGGUUUGCUCAACAAAGCCAAAGCGCACAUCAAGAAACUUGAAGAAGCUGAAAGGAAGAGCCAACACCAACUUGAGAACUUGGAACGAGAACAGAGAUUUUUAAAACGUCGACUGGAACAGCUGCAGGGUCCUCAGGAGAUGGAGCGAAUACGAAUGGACAGCAUUGGAUCAACUAUUUCUUCAGACCGUUCUGAUUCAGAGCGAGAGGAGAUUGAAGUGGAUGUUGAAAGCACAGAGUUCUCCCAUGGAGAAGUGGACAGUAUCAGUACCGCCAGCAUCAGUGACCUUGAUGACCACAGCAGCCUGCAGAGUAUUGGCAGCGACGAGGGCUACUCCAGUGCCAGUGUCAAACUUUCCUUCACUUCCUAGAACCCAGCAUGAUGUAACAGCCAAUUCAAUCCAAACAGUCUCUUAAAUUGGGUUCAGGAUGCAGUCUCCUCUUUAAAACAAAACAAAAUGGUCUCAAAAGACCUGCAUUUAAGCAAAUACAUAACAAAAAGUGGGGCAGAGCCUCCCCAGCAGAAUAAAUAGUCAUAAUAUUCAUAUUGGAAAAUCACAGUUUCUAAUGGCAGCAGAAAACUUGUGUGAAAUGUCCUUGUUUUGAUUUAGUUGAUUUAAAAGAGGACAUUGGAGAUCCCAUCCUUUUUCUUUUCUAGUUUGCUCAUACUUCAUUGAGCAGACAUGCUUAAGGAUGGGUUAUGAACCCUUCCUGAGCUUUAUAGUCCUAAAAACAAACAAACCUGUAGUAAUGAGAAGACAAGAGGAAAUCAGGCAUUAAUCUUGGAUAGCUAAAGAGCUAUCAUCACUCAGCCUGGGACAGCUUAUCAUGAAGCCUGUGGAUGAUCAAUUCUUAUAAAAAGCUCAUUUCAUGCUCUGCAAAAGGAGAGAUUCCUAUGAAGCCUGUUGAAAGGGAUCACGAUGCCGCUCAGCUUUCUGUUGGAUUCCAUGCUAAGCAAGCUAACCUCAUCCUGCAUUGUUAGCACUAGGGCACCAAACCGCCAGCCCGCCUGCCACCCGUAGGCCCGUCAGUGCAUGACAGCCUCUCCCACACAAGGCCUGUGAGCCUGUAAGUGCGGAUUGGGGGCCGCAGGAGAAAGCGCCUCGUGCCUCUGUGUCUGCGUGGCCACAAGAGUUUUGCUCACAGAUAAGCAGGCCAAGGUCUGAGCCACAGCAGCAUUUUUAUUUCAGAUUUUGAUAACUGUUUGUAUGUGUUGAAACCAAAAUGACAUCUUUUUAAAAGCUUGUCCAUAAAAAUCAUAGAUGUCUUUUUUAGUGGAAAAACACAUGGGAAAAAUCAUCUAUUUUGAUGCAGCAUUUGAUAAAACACCUCACACCUCACUCUUUAUAGUGCACAAAAUGAAUGAGGUCUGGACUAGGGAGAAAAAAGGUCAGUGCUAAGGUUUUUGUUUUCUUUUAGAAUCAUUACCCUUUACCAGCGUUGAACCAUCUGGUACCUAUUGUAGACUAUCAUAGUUAAUAUAGUUCAGUUCAGCACUUGUCUCAUUUUAGUGUAAAGAUUUGCUUCCAUUUUCCUACAGGCAAUCUCUCUCCUUCCUCAGUCCCACUGCGCAGGUGCUGUUGUUGCUCUUAGGAAUAUUUUCAGAAACGUUACUUUCUUUAAAGUGAAAUUUCUAACCUGCACUUUGAUGGUCAUGUGUUCCCUCUGUCUUUAAACUCCAAGGUUUCCCUCUUGCCCUCUCCCGUACCCCAGGAAGCUUUCUUGGAGACCUUACCCCUGGCUGUUUGAACUUUGUAUACUUUAAAUAAUUUAACUACCCUUAAUUACUUAAAAAGGAAAAAAAAAAAGCUUUAUGAUUUUCAUAACUUAUUGCUGUUUUUAAUGGGUUGUUAAUUUCAGUCUUGUAGUUUUAUUUUAUGUUUUAGAUAGGGCUGGGCAAGGAAAAAGAAAAUAAAGACAACCAUAUUUAGCAG